AUGAGUUUCGAGCCUAGCAACCUAGCCAUCUGCGAAACAUGCGGCACGCAAUUCGACGUUCCGCUUGAGCAGCACCCGGAGACAUGCCGGAUCUGUGAUGACCCUCGCCAGUACGUUCCCGCAUCAGGACAAUCCUGGACCUCGCUCUCCGCCUGCCAAUCCCUCCAAAAGAACACUUUUGAGACGGAUAAAGAAGACCCUCGCAUCCACUACAUAACCACUGCGCCUCUCUCUCCAUCGGAACUUCCCCCAGGUCUGGCCGAUUCUAGCACAACCCGCAAGCAACUUGGUAUUGGUCAAAGAGCCAUCUUACUGCAGACAUCACGUGGCAAUAUCCUUUGGGAUUGUGUCGCAUUCUUAAACCCUGCUACCAUCGACUUCAUCAAGGGAAAGGGUGGGCUAAAGGCUAUGGUGAUCAGCCAUCCGCAUUUCUACACUACGCAUUUGGAGUGGGCGAGUGUGUUUGGGUGUCCCGUGUAUAUGUGUGGCGAUGAUCAGACGUGGUUGAACCGAAAGGAUCAGAAUGGUGUGAGGAAGUUCGUCAAGGGAGUUACUGAGAUUGAAGAAAGUGGGGGCGAGGCUAAGAUGAUUCAAUGCGGUGGGCACUUUGAGGGCAGUGCGGUGCUGUGGUGGGACCGGAAGCUUUUCAUCGCUGAUACGUUUAUGAGUGUGCCUUCUGGAUUCAGUAACGCGCACCGCGUGCCGGAUACGACAUCCUACUCGUUCAUGUGGGCGUAUCCCAACAUGAUUCCACUAACGCCCAAGGCUAUCCAUGGGAUAUGGAAGGCAAUCAAGCCGUUCGAGUUUGACAGGACGUAUGGAGGAUUUCCGGGGCAGAACCUGAAAAGAUCGGAUCUGAAGAAACAAGUGCUCGAGAGCAUGAAGAUUUUCCUACGGAGGAGUGGACACGAGGACGCAGAUGUGUAUGAGGAGAGUACUUGA